AUGAGUUUGCAAAGGAUAAGGCUAGAGUUGAAAGACCAUUUUGGAAUUGAAGCUACAAACAGACAACUUUGGAAAGCUAGACAAAAAGCUAGAGAAGAUGGGGGCUAUGAUUAUGCUCACUCAUAUGGCAAUUUGAGGCAUUAUGCUGCUAUGAUUCACAAAACUAACCCUGGGAGUACUGCUAUUAUACAGAGAAAUCUAGUUCCAGUUGAGCAAAAUCUAGAUGAUGAGAAUUUGGAGGAUGAUAAUUUGGCAGCCCCAAUAAUGAAGUCUCAGUUCAACAGAAUUUUCAUUUGCUACUCAGGUGUGAAAACAGGUUUCUUAGCAGCAUGUAGACCAUUUUUUGGCUUAGAUGGUUGUCAUCUAAAAGGGCCAUACAAGGGCAUCUUAUUGUCUACAGUGGGGCUUGAUGCCAAUCUUCACUUCUAUCCAAUUGCUUAUGCAAUUGUAGAAGCCGAGAACAACUCUAGUUGGAAAUGGUUUUUGGACUUGUUGAGAAACGAAAUUGGAGAUACUAAUAAAGGCCAACCAUGGUGUAUCAUGAGUGACAGACAAAAGGUAAAAAAGUUUGGCACAUCACACCUUCAAGGUCUCUUUUGGGCAGCAGCUGAGACAGCCAAUUUUGAGAAUUUCAAGCGAAUAAUGGAGCGGAUUAAGGAAUUCAACCUUGAGGCACAUGUCUGGCUGAGCAAUAUUGACUUUAAGCAUUGGACAAUGAGCAAGUUUGAUCCAAAUGUGAAGGUAGAACAUCUCACCAAUAACUUUGUCGAGUCAUUUAAUGAUUGGAUAGAAGACCAUCGAUACAAGGCCCCAAUUGAGUUGCUAGAGGGUAUAAGAAUACAACAAACAACCAUGAUGGAUGCAAGGAAUGCAACAGUAGACAGAUGGGAGCACAAGCUCACUCCAAAAGUCCAUGUGAAGGUGCAAGAACUCCAUAAAAGAGAACGUUUUGCAUUAGUAACAAGGGUUGGAAAAGAAGAAUUUCAGGUGGAUUAUGACAAAAAAAAGGUGUACUAUUCGACUGAAUGA